AGUCCACUUCACAACUCGGCCGUGUAGGAGGACGAAGACACGCAAAGAGAGAGUGAGAGAGAGAGAGACUGAGAGAGAGAGAGAGAGAGAGAGAGAGAGAGAGAGAGAGAGAGAGAGAGAGAGAGAGAGAGAGAGAGAGAGAGAGAGAGAGAGAGAGAGAGAGGCUCCGUGAUGACUUCCAGUGAGAUCCACAUCCCCGGGGAGGUGAAGAGCGACCCCGCCGCCCUCAUGGCAUCCCUCCAGCUGAUGCCCUCGCCGGUGCCCAACCCUGAGAUCAAGUACACUAAGAUUUUUAUCAACAAUGAGUGGCAGGACUCAGUGAGUGGGAAGGUCUUUCAAGCGUAUAACCCAGCAACUGGAGAGCAGAUCUGCGACAUCCAGGAGGCAGACAAGGCUGAUGUCGAUAAGGCGGUGCAAGCGGCUCGACUGGCCUUUUCAUUAGGUUCUGUGUGGCGAAAGAUGGACGCAUCCGAGAGGGGCAGACUGCUCUCUAAGCUGGCUGAUCUAGUGGAGAGAGACAGCAUCCUUCUGGCGACUAUUGAGUCACUAAACAGUGGGAAGCCUUUUCUGCCCACUCUGUUUGUGGACCUUCAAGGAACCAUCAAGACAUUGAGAUACUUUGCUGGAUAUGCAGACAAGAUCCAUGGCACUUCAAUUCCCAUGGAUGGAGACUAUCUGACAUUUACCAGAUAUGAGCCUAUUGGAGUUUGUGGACAAAUCAUCCCUUGGAACUUCCCUCUGAUGAUGACGGCAUGGAAGCUAGGCCCGGCGCUGGCAUGUGGAAACACCGUUGUCCUCAAACCUGCUGAGCAAACACCGCUCACCUGCCUCUAUAUGGCGGCGCUUGUCAAGGAGGUUGGCUUUCCACCGGGAGUUGUCAAUAUUUUGCCAGGAUUCGGGCCAACAGCGGGAGCGGCGAUUGCUUCGCACAUGGGCAUCGACAAAGUGGCGUUCACAGGAUCAACGCAGGUUGGAAAGCUGAUCCAAGAAGCUGCUGGAAAGAGUAACCUAAAGAGAGUGACGCUGGAGCUGGGAGGCAAGAAUCCGAACAUCAUAUUCGCAGAUGCGGAUUUGGACCUAGCUGUAGAACAAGCCCACCAGGGCGUGUUCUUCAAUGCGGGCCAGUGUUGCACCGCAGGCUCGCGCAUCUUUGUGGAGGAACCCAUCUAUGAGGAGUUUGUCAGGAGGAGCGUGGAGCGAGCCAAGAGGAGGACCGUGGGCAGCCCGUUUGAUCCUACUGCUGAGCAGGGUCCACAGAUCAGUCGGGAGCAGCAGAACCGUGUGCUGGAGUUCAUCCAGAGUGGCAUCAGUGAAGGUGCCAAGCUGGAGUGUGGUGGCAAAGCUCUGGGCUUGAAGGGUUUCUACAUUGAGCCCACCGUGUUCUCCAACGUUCGGGACGACAUGUGCAUUGCCAAAGAAGAGAUUUUUGGACCAGUACAGCAGAUAAUGAAGUUCAAAACGAUGGAGGAAGUGAUCGAAAGGGCCAACAACACAGACUACGGUUUGGUUGCUGCAGUGUUCACCAAUGACAUCAACAAAGCCAUGACCAUAUCCACAGCCAUGCAGGCUGGCACUGUCUGGAUAAACUGCUUCAACGCUCUCAGCACACAGUGUCCAUUUGGAGGAUAUAAAAUGUCUGGCAACGGACGUGAAUUGGGCGAGAGUGGACUGAAGGAGUACUCGGAGGUGAAGACCAUCACCAUGAAAAUGGUCAGCAAGAACUCUUAAGGCAUCCUCUCAUUUUGGGAGGCAGCCUCUUCCUCAGUACUGAUCGGUGGCGAAACCAAGCAACUCUUGGUGGUGGCGACAGGCCACACAUGCCCUGAGUGACAACCACUGAACCAUCCCACUGUACCUAACGCCACUAAAGCACUCACAAGACAACCCAAAUGACCAACCAGGCUACACCCGCGUCAACAACACCAAACUUAGCGUGAAAAUGCUGCUGCCAGACUCCGUUGCCGCACUUGCAAUGCACCAUUUAUUCGCCGCCCGUGUCGGUGGCUGUCACCACACCUCACAUUGUGUCAUUGCUUUUGGUCCAGCCACUAGAAUUUAUGCAAUUAGCCUCAGUUAUGAAUGGAUGAGAUGUUAAAUUCCCAAUUUCAGUUGAUUUCUAAUUGUCUUUAUUUUAACUUGACUUAACACUGUAUGUCAACCUUUGACUGAUGUAUUACGAGACGAUUUGAACCUCGUCACAACUUUACUAAAAGAGGGCUUAGAUGUAUUUGAAAUGUUAUGUAUCUGAUUGUAUUGAUGUCCAUCUAUGUUAUGUUUAUACAGCCAUAUGCUAAAAAUUUACAAAACCACCAUAGUUUUUUUUUUCUUUUUCAGUAAAGAAAAAAAAAGAGCUUUUUCUUGUUAAA